AUGGCGCCUCCAGUGAACCGAAAGAAGGCCAAGAGGAGGCAGAAGCAAGCUGCUCGUCUUGUCAGUGAGCAAGAAUCACACAAUGACACAUCGUCAGCUGGACUGUCGGAACCGCAUCAACAUACGGGAAAGGACUACUCUGAUGCUGAUGAUGGGGACUUGUAUGACCACGACGACAUCGACGAUGAAGAAUACGAAAAUACGGCGCCUAUUCCAAAUGGGACCGAUUCAAAGUCGAAAAAGAAAAAGAAAUCCAAAGCUCGCUCCGCUUCCAAGGAUACAGUCGACGACAGCCCAAUAUCACCGUCCGCCUCGAUAAAUCCGUCACAACCCACUUUUCCAUCGAUAUCGAAAGAUGACCUGGUUGAAAAGGGCCCCAAGGAACGCAUUUGGAACACGUCAACGCAGGAGGAGCGUGAAAACAUCAAAAAAUUCUGGCUGGAACUCGGCGAAGACGAACGGAGGGCCUUGGUCAAAGUGGAGAAGGAUGCAGUGCUGAAGAAAAUGAAAGAGCAACAAAAGCAUUCAUGCAGCUGCACAGUAUGUGGGAGGAAACGAACCGCCAUUGAAGAAGAGCUCGAGGUACUGUAUGAUGCGUACUACGAAGAGCUCGAGCAAUACGCCAAUCACAACCAAGGCGCUUUCCAGAACGGCACCUCGAUUGUACCUCCCCCGCGACUGAUGCAUCACAACCUCCAUCACCUUGAUCAUCACACGCAUAUCCAUCACCACCAUCAUCCAUCUCAUGGACGGGUUCAUGAGCUGCCCGAAGAUGAAGAUGACUUGGAAGAUGACUAUGAUGAUGAGGAAGAUGACGAAGAGCCAUACAGUGACGAUGAGCUUGAUGACGAUGAUGACAGCCGUAGUGAGCGAGCAGAUUUCUUUGCUUUUGGGAAUAGUCUCACUGUUAAAGAUGGUAUCCUGACAGUCGCAGAUGACCUAUUAAAAAAUGAUGGGAAGCAUUUCAUUGACAUGAUGGAACAAUUAGCAGAACGUCGAAUGCAACGUGAAGAAGACACCCAGUACGGAAUGGCCGCCGCCCACCAGUCUUUGCACGCAGGCCACAACCAUGGACCUUUGGACGAAGACGACUACGAGGAAGACGAAGAAGAAGACGACGGUCCCUACGGCAGUGAGGAGGAAGAAGAAUACGAAGAUGACGACAUGGAUACCAUGACGGAAGAACAGCGUAUGGAAGAAGGGAGGCGCAUGUUUCAAAUAUUUGCCGCCCGGAUGUUCGAACAACGAGUCUUAACGGCAUAUCGAGAAAAAGUCGCCCAACAACGACAAGAAUUACUUCUCCAAGAACUGCUAGAAGAAGAGACACUGAAUGAACAGCGAACGGCAAAGAAAGCUCGAGAGGCGCAAAAGAAGAAGGACAAGAAGAGGCAACAGAAACAGGCUCGCGAGGAAGAGAAAGCUCGACGUGAGGCCGAGAAAGCCGCCGAGGAAGCCGCCGCUCGUGCUCUUGAGGAGAAGAAGCUGGAGGAACAGAGGCGAAAGAAGGAAGAACUGCGAAAGAAAAGGGAGGCAGAAAAGAAACAGCAAGAGGAAGAGCGUCUGCGCAAAGAGGUAGAGAAGCAGAAGCGCUUGCAAGAGGAACGGGAACGUCAUGCUGAGGCCGAGCGGAAACAGCGAGAACAAAAGGAGCGUGAACGAAAAAAGCGCGACGAUGCUAAGAAAAAAGAACGUGAAGAACGUGAGGCCAAGGAAAAGGAGCUACGAGACAAGAAAGCCAAGCAGGAACGAGAUCGCAGAGCCCGGGAAGAUCAGCAGAAACAAACUUUCGACCCUUUCACAAGGCCUGAACAAGCUGCCAAAGACCGCGUUCAACCUCAGCCUUCGCAAUCUGUUACCCCUGGGGUCAAGCGGAUGUCUCAAUCUGGCCCUGGCAUGAUCCCUAUGCCGCCUGGGUUGCAACAUCCUCAUGGCAUACCAGUUGCGAGCUCACCACACUUCCAAGUAGCAACGCCGAUUAUUCCCAAAGCCCCUACUCCCGCCCGACCUCGCCAGCCUUCCCAGCAAGGAUCCCAUGCAUCGUCGCCUCGCUCUCAAGCCGCCAGUGGCACAGAACCGCUCACAUCGAUUUCGCCUCAAACAAUCCCAAUGUCGCAGUCGUCUGGAACUCCCACUAGUUCGUCGGGGAAGCUCGGUUUCGCUCAACAACCCAUUCUCCAUCAUCCACAGCCUUCUGCGCCUCUGUCGCCAUUGGGUGGUGCCGGAAGAUCUCACUCGUUGGGUUACCCGAAUAUGAAUGGACUUCCGUCUCAUCCCCCACCAGGCAUGGCUGGAAUUCCGACCCGACCAAUUGGCAACGAAAACAUGCCACUAUACCCGCCUCCUUCUGGUCCUGUUGGUGGACAAUACAGGGGAUUCCCUGGCCCAAAUGGUGUGCUGCUUCCUCCAGGUAUUGGUGCUGGUCGUUCAAUGCCAGGUCCAGGCCGAGGGUUCCCUAUGGAUCCGGGACACAACCUACCAUUUAGUGGUCAACCACCUGUUCCUGGUGUCAUGAGUGGCGCUCAUUCUGUGGGACUUCCACAAGGGCACUCGCGUCAAGCUUCAGGCUCGUAUGAGCGAUCUCCUUUAGAUGGACAACCCAUGAAUGCCCCGAUUUCUCGGCCAACACCAAUCAAGAGGCCUUCAAGUCCCCAGAAAAUCAAUGGAAGGACAAACCAUUCAGAAGUGGAUGACUUGAGUGCUCAAUUGGGUAGCAGUGCUCUCCUUGAGGAAUCGGACAUACCUUUCACAGCCAACCUGUCGCAAUCGCUGCCAGGUCCGCCAGUACCCAGUGGUUUUGGUCUAUCUCGUGCUAGUUUUGGUGCUUCUCCCCUGUUUCCGGAUCCGUUAAGUCCACCAAAACAACCAAACUUUUCUGGGCCAGGAAAUACAUGGGGUGUCCAGGCUCCUUUCGGGGCCCCAUUCACGGGGUCCUGGGGUGCUCCAACGGGUGGAGGUUGGCCAAACCGUGCCUUCGGUGCUGGUGGGAACCAUCGAACUCAUACGUCUCGACCUGUGGCCGUCCGAUUGUUAGUCAUUCAGGCGAUCAAGAGUCUCAAUUCUAUGAGUCCCUCGAAAACCGCUCCCGGUUUCCACCAAGCUAGCCGUCUUCUUCAGCAAGUUGAGCAACUCAAGCCUCCGAAUGAGCCAUCGAUUCAAUUGAACGAAAUGCUUGAUAUUUGUGAUACAGAGGGCAGCCCCCAAAACGGAGGCGGAUCUUUUAUUGUCAAAGAAGACGACAAGCAAAACCGUUAUGUCAAGUUUGAGCCUGACAGCAACAGCCCCAUGGCUAGCCAUCGAGUGGGUCUCGCUCCAGGGGACAUUGGAAGUCCGGUUCCUGUGAGCAGCAUACCAGCCACGUUUGGUGGAAUCGGCACAGGUCCAAGUGCCAGGCAAUUCUCGCCUCCCACGAGCUUUUAG